AUGGAUACAACCGCGCUGCUGUGCAACAUCUGCCCGAAACGGCCGAAAUUCAGCGAUAUCUCUCACUUAUUGACUCAUGUUGCGUCGAAGGCUCACCUUUCUCACUACUUCAAACUACAAGUCCGCAGCCAUCAGGAAUCCCAGGCUAUUGUCAUUCUCGACGAAUAUGAUCAUUGGUAUAAGUCCAAUAAUCUGGCAAAGUUGCUGUCGGACCGGAUGUCGUCGAAGGAUGUUCGGAAGAAGAAGGCCCAAGGAAAGCCCCCCAGCUAUGAGAUGGCUUGUGGAGUGAAGCGAAGUAGUGGGGGGAGGCUACCCCCAACGACCGCACGUCCUCUGGCUCAUAACGCUUUCCCCGACUACUUGGACCCACGCCUGUCGAGUCCUUAUGUGCACCCACGUUCUGGAGUAGAAAGUGGACCGGCAAACGAGCCUUCACACUUCCAUUCGACGGCACCAUCGGAAGAGAGCAUUCGAGAAUACCAACGGGAAGAUUAUAGCCUCGCACUGAUGACACCACAGGAAGACACUUGCCCACCGAAGCAAGAGUACCCGCUUCCUUUUGAAGACCAGUGGGCCUCUAUGACACAUGCUAGUCCGUACGAACUCGCCCGAAAACCUAUACACAGAACAGCCCCAAGCCCACCAUCCUUGGCACGUCAGCUAAGCUAUGACCCAUUCACCGACGACGCCGACGGUAUUGAAGAAGACAAGGAGAGGGCAGAUGAAAUUGCCCGGCUGAAAGGUGUUCUUUGGCCGGGAAUGGACAUCUUCGAUUCGGCAACGGAGCACAUGAGGCGUAAGCGCAACCAAAAGAAAGAUGAAGCAAUCUUGAAGAUGAUGGAAAAGACGUCGCUGCGUGUCGAACCGACAGAGCUUGUUUUCUCGCCUAGUGGCGUCCUGCGGAAGCAACGUGUGAUUUCAGGCAAUGUUGAAGACAGCAGCCCGUUGAAAGGCGAGACUCCGAUCCCGAAACGGCGAACAAUUCGAACCAAACGUGCGCUUGCUCAAGCUGAUCCGAAUGUUCGACAGGGAGGAAAUAGGAAACGAAGCAAGAAAUCCACCAAGAAAGUAUUGGGAAAGGUCGAUGAAGAUCCGGACUUCCAUGGCCUGCACCUGUUGCAGAGUCCUUUGGCCCAACUGCCUGUCCGUUACAGAAGCCGCUCUCGGGCAGACAGUCUUGACGAUUUCACGCUGACGUUCCGGACUCAGGAAAGCGAAUCUCACCACGGGCUGAAGAUCUUUCACGACAGACAAGCCCCGUACAUGUCUGAUUUGACUCAGAGAUGUGGGGAAAUAGGCUCUGAGGGGCCUUCGUUCAUCGAUCCCGUCUCUCUCCGCCAGGGUGCCCUUGAUCAAAGCUCCCCCCAUUUCGUGUACAGCACCGAACACUCGAUCCAUGGAAGAGGUGCUUUUUCCUCGACAGACAAAGAAAACGUUGAGCCUCUUCUAGAUGGUCAUGACCGAGUUGACUCCCUCGUGGGAUGGAACUCACCGGUCUGUAGACGACAGCCUGCUGCCAACACCGGUUAUCCCCCGCAUUUCUUCUUGGGUGACUCCCAGCAGCAGAUGGGGCUGAGCCCCUUCGACAGUCACGACAGUCUGCUGGGAUACUCAUACAAUCCUUUGACCACUUCGCUUUCGAAUAUACACGAGGAUAACCCUAUAUACUCUGCCGAAGUCAAUCAGUCUUUCAAGUCUCAUUCCACUUUGCGGGGUGCUUCCCCUGACGGGACAAUUUCCGACUUGGAAGAAGAUGAUUUUGAUCGGCUCUAUUUGGACGGAAGCAUCAAUUGA